AUGCACUGCCGUACUAACGAACACACUUCCAUUGCCUUUCAGAUUCGCACUCCAACUGCAACAACGAUUGUAGCAGCCACAGCGCAGACGCGCCGACCCGUACUGAGCGUACGUCGGCGAAAAAUCAAUACACCGACGCUCGCUACAUCAGGUAUAGCCUACCAGACGGCUACGACGAAGAUCCAAUCGUCAGCAGCAGCUAUAAUAACAACAGCAAACACGUACCCCACGAAAAGUGAUGAGCUGCUUGGGACAACAACGGAAUUACCAACGACCUUUAAUAAACAGCCACAACAAUAUCGCAAUCGUAUUAAACUGGUAACACCAGCUGCAACAACAACAUCAACAACCUACCUAUCAGCACCUACAACGACCACAUCAGUAACAGUAGCUGUAGCAGCUCUUACUCUAAACAGUGAUGCUGCCAAUGGCACAGGCAAUCAGAAAAAUUACCUUAACACAAAGUACAGAGCAAAGCUGUCUGCAACCACUUUGUCAACGGGCGCAUCACCAACGACGCUAGUGACAGUGACACCAGCUGCCAAAGGAGCAGCAACCGCAACAGCAGCAACUACAUUAGCUAUCAAUGACAUCAUACAACAUAAUAACGCCAACACUAACACCAAACAAGCGUCGACAGUUUUGCGACGAAAAUUCCAAGCACGCCGUCUUAUAACAACAACAACUGCUAGUCCCACAGACGACAGUG